CAUGAAAUUACUGUCUGUCUUGCUGACCGCUUUGACAGUGCGCCUGCUCGAAACCCCGCAGGUUAAUGCACUGAACGACGGGGUUGCUCGUUUGCCAGUCCUUGGUUACAACACCUGGAACGCAUACCAAUGCGAUAUCGACGAAGAUCUCAUCAUCACUACUGCGAAGCUCAUGAGGUCUCUCGGCCUACAGGAUGCUGGUUACAACUGGGUCAAUCUAGACGACUGCUACGCUGAGAGCAACCGUAGUGCUGAUGGACUCAUUGUGCCUGACAACGUACGAUUCAAGAGCGGCUUCAACUGGUUAACAGACCAGUUGCAUUCUAUGGGCUUCAAUGCAGGCAUCUAUAGCGACUCCGGCUGGUUCACCUGCGCUGGAUACCCAGGCUCUUUCCAGAAUGAAGCGCGGGAUGCCAAGACGUUCCAGGACUGGGGCUUUGACUACCUGAAGUACGACAAUUGCGCCAUUCCUUUCGAUGACAUCAUUCGCGAGGGUACUUUCGGAAAAUACCAGCGAAUAGCAGGUGCAAUUGCCGACCUCGCGAAGAGUUCGAGCAGGCCGCCAAUGAUUCUUUCCCUCUGUGAAUGGGGCUGGAGCCAAGUAUGGAUCUGGGGUAAGACUAUCGGUCAGAGCUGGCGGACGACAGGCGAUAUUUCCCCAAACUGGGACUCGGCGAUGAGCAUCAUCAACUUUAACUCCUUCAUCACGACCGCAACAGACUUUUAUGGGAGGAAUGACCUUGAUAUGCUGCAAGUGGGCAACGAGGGCUUGACGCCCGAGGAAGCGAAGACUCAUUUCACUGCCUGGGCUCUCAUGAAGUCCCCUCUUCUCAUCGGCACCAACCUCUCGGCCAUAACUCCGGAUAUUGUAGAAAUCCUUACAAACAGCGAAAUUUUGGCCAUCAACCAGGACCCUGUUGAAGGCACAAGCAUCUCGCCAUUCCGUUGGGGCAUUAACCCGGAUUGGACCAGCAACAGCACUCAUCCAGCUCAAUUCUGGAGUGGACCAAGUGAGAACGGCACCGUGUUCAUGUUGCUGAAUACCCUCGACGAGCCUGCAAGUUUGUUCUUUAAUUUGACCGAAUCUCCCUGGAUUCGCGCCGGCAGACAGUAUUCUGUCAGGGAUUUAUGGACGCACACGGACAACGGCACGGCCAUCAGAAACUUCACGGCAACAAACGUCCCUGCGCAUGGCGUGGUGGCGCUCCUGCUCAAAGACGCGGGAGACGAGCCUGCAGGGAUCUAUCCGCAGUGUAGCGUCUGGGACCAGUGCACCGCUGAGAAUGGCACGCAUGUUGGUGGUUGAAGGUCGAGAUCCACGUGUUAACCGUCAUGGACAUGUGUGCUGGAAAAGUGCGUUGAAGUCGAGGACUUUCAACAAGACGAUUCGGACAUUCCUUCCAUAGUAGUGUAUUCUCGCGACAUGCAUAGGCACCUCUUGUAUGUACUCUCCGAGCUGAGCAUUGGAGGAUAUGCACUAGUAGAAGCU